AUGUUGCACUGGAGGCUCCUUCUGGCAGUGGGUGUGUGGUCGAUGUGUGUAUGUCUGACUUUGACCUAUGAGGAUGAUAUUGAAGUUAACUACGCUGACACGUACUACAACGAAAUAAUGGAGGAAGAAACACCAGAACCCACACCGAGUGUUACCCCCUGUAGUUCUCCAGAUCUCACAAAGUGGGACAAAAUCUUUUCAAUGCUGGAGAAUAGCCAGAUGAGGGAGAACAUGCUUCUUCAGUAUGCUGAUGACAUAGUCAAAGUGGAGAUGGGGUCUCUGCGUGGGGAAAUACUCAGGUUUGUGGCCCAGUAUGGUGGUUCAUGUGGGGCUGCAGUGGAGACGGCAGGAAGAAGGAUGGCCUUGCAGCUGGAAGGAAGACUAAGGGAAUCCCUUGAACGACUAAAAUUUGGAGAUUACUCCAUUACUGGUGGUAAUUCUGUUGGGAAUUCAAACAUAGAGGCCAUGCUACAACAGCUUCUCACUGCCACACGAAACCAAGCGGCCCGACUAGCCAAGCUGGAAACCACUUGCUUCAGCAACACAGCAGGUGUGAAAGCAGCAUUUCAGCUUUUACAGGGUCGAAGGGGAGGCCACAUAGAGCAGGAGGUCACGUCACACGAGGUAGCUUUGGAGGGGGCCUUGGCUGUGUUGCAGCAGACACGAAUGGAGCUCCAGGAGGUGUUGAGUUCAUUCCAGUACAGACACCUGCCUGCAGGUAAUGAGAUGGCAAUCCUCUUUCCCAUGCGUUCCCGCCGCAUCUACACUUCUGUGAUACCAGAUGUCCCCCUUUCACUGUCCUCCUUCACCGUCUGUUUGUGGGUAAAGCCAGUGAAAGUCUCCAACAAAACAGUUCUCUUCUCUUACGGCAACCGCCGCAACCCCUACGAAAUCCAGCUCUUGCUCAGCCACACCUCAGCCCUGUUCACCAUAGGCGGAGAGGCUCACCUGGUAGAAGCACGUGGUGUGGUCAAUCCAAAAAUUCCACCAGAAUGGCUCCACCUAUGUGGGUCUUGGUCCUCUGAGCAGGGUCUGGCAUCCUUGUGGGUAGGUGGGAAAAAGGUUGCUUCCACACCUGGUGUGGCAGAGGGUCACAUCCUGCCAGAUGGAGGUUCACUCCAGCUGGGACAAGAAAGAAAUGGUUGCUGUCCUCUGACCCCGAGCAGCAGCGGAAACGGGAUGUCAGGGUUUGAAGCAGGGUUUGAUCCAAAGUUGGCAUUCACAGGGACAAUGACAGGAGUAAACAUGUGGGACAAAGUACUACCGGAGGAGAAGAUUUCUCAGCUAGCUUUGAAAGAAGGUCACAGCUCAGAGCAAUGGGGAAACAUAGUGGCGUGGGGUGUGACGGAGAUGGUGCCACAUGGAGGCGCUCAAUUUAUCGAUUAA